UAGAGCUUAAACUUGAGUCUCAUCACCUCGUUUUACUUCAUAAAGAACUCUUAAACCAUCGCCCGAAACUUUACCAAUUAUAAUCUUCCAAGUCUAGAGCUUCACCGGGAGAAAGAGCUGAGACCCAAGUUAUACCGAACUAAAUACAUUCUAAAUUCAAAUACGACAGAGUUCUGAAAACUGUCAUCAGUGUCUUACUGAGCCGAACAAGAUGGAUGUCGUCCAAGCCGUCUCCGGCUACAUCUCUAAGAUGGUGUCGGCCGGAGACAGCGCAUCGGGGACCCCAUCAGCAAAGAUGAAGAUACUCCUUCUAGACAAGGACACUGUCCCGAUCGUCUCUACCGCGAUCACGCAGUCGUCUCUGCUCAACCAUGAAGUCUAUCUCACAGACAGGUUGGAUAAUCAGAACCGCGAAAAGAUGCGCCAUCUCAGAUGUCUAUCUUUUGUCCGGCCAUCGCCAGAAUCAAUCCAGUUCUUGAUAGAUGAAUUGCGGGAUCCUAAGUACGGCGAAUAUUACUUGUAUUUCAGCAAUGUCGUAAAGAAAUCGUCGUUAGAAAGACUAGCAGAAGCCGACGACCACGAAGUUGUCAAACAAGUCCAGGAACAUUUCGCCGACUAUCUCGUCAUCAACCCCGACCUCUUUUCACUCAACCUUACCUUGCCGCAGCAGAGGAUAUGGAGUGGCAGUCCGGAUAUGUGGAAUCCAGACUCGUUGCAACGGACGACAGAUGGACUGAUAGCUAUUCUACUGUCGCUUAAGAAGAAGCCCCUCAUCCGGUAUGAGAGGAACAGUCUGUUAGCCAAAAAGCUGGCUACUGAAGUACGAUAUCAUAUGACCCAAGAGGAACAAUUAUUUGACUUUCGAAAAGUCGAUACGCCCCCGAUACUUCUCAUCCUAGACCGAAGAGAAGACCCCGCUACACCGCUACUCAACCAAUGGACAUAUCAAGCUAUGGUGCAUCAGUUACUGGGUAUUCAUAAUGGCCGAGUGAAUUUAGACGACGUUCCGGAAGUACGACCAGAACUCAAAGAGAUUGUUCUAUCGCAAGACCAGGAUCCGUUCUUUAAGAAGAAUAUGUACUUGAAUUUUGGCGACCUUGGUGGGAACAUCAAGGACUACGUCGAACAAUACCAAUCCAAGACGAAGAACAAUGCUAAUAUCGAGUCGAUAACGGAUAUGAAGCGAUUCAUUGAGGAGUAUCCGGAGUUCAGGAAACUCUCCGGGAAUGUUAGCAAACACGUUACCUUGGUUUCGGAACUUAGCCGAAGGGUGGGCGCUGAGAACUUGCUGGAGGUUAGCGAGGUUGAGCAGAGCUUGGCCUGUAAUGAUAAUCAUGCUACUGAUUUAAGAAAUGUUCAAAAGUUAAUACAGUCUCCAUCAGUCACUGCCGAGAACAAGGUUGGACUCGUAGCACUAUACGCUCUACGAUACGAGAAGCACCCGUCAAACUCACUAGCUAUGCUAGUAGACUUAUUAUCUGCCGCUGGCGGUGUUCCCGCGCGACAAGCAGACCUAGUAGCAAAACUCCUCAUCUACCACCAUUCCCUACAGCAGUCCCAAGCAGGGGGCGGCAUCGCGGAUAUCUUCGAGUCCGGGGGCAUCUUCUCCGGGGCACGGGCCAUCAAGGGGCUUAAGGGUGUCGAAAACGUCUACACGCAGCACUCGCCGCACCUGGAGACGACGCUCCAGAACCUGAUCAAGGGCCGGCUGCGUGAACAGCAGUACCCGUUCGUCGAGGGCGGUGGGACGACGCGCGACAAACCACAGGACAUCGUCGUCUUCAUCAUCGGCGGCGCCACAUACGAGGAGGCCAAGACGAUCGCCGGCAUCAACGCCUCGUCCCCCGGUGUGAGGGUCGUGCUGGGUGGCACUAACGUCCAUAACGCGGCUACGUUCCUCGAGGAGGUGGAUGAUGCCGUGGCAUCGUGGCCGGAACCGCCGCCGACUACGACGGCAGGGAAGCUGAGGAAGGAGCUUGGGAGGAGGUAGGGAGAUAGAUAGGAUAGGUUAGUUAAUUAAUUAUGAGGAUUUCACGGAUUUUGGGAUGUUGCGUUCUCAUGUGAGUAGCCUGUUAGGUGGUAUGUAUCUAGCUAGGUACUCGAUAGGUGAAAUUAAGGGAUAUCGCGGAUGGGAAAAAUCACAUUCAAAUGAGUUGCUGCUAUUUAAUUUGCCGUAAGGGUCAAUUGUUGUUAUCAAAGUGAGAGUUCGUACCUGGAAUGAUGUUCAUUUUCGGAAAGGCUGUUGUGUGCAAAGAAGGGAUAUAAAUGCCAAUAACUCAUAACACUAUCACAUACGACCAUAGGAGCUAGAAAACUCGGGAUCCCGUCCGCUCUCCCAUAGAUAAGCUGGCUACCGCCGGAUCAGUAGUUGGGUC